AUAAUCACCAGCCUGCACUCUGAAUCAUAAGUCGGCAAGAUAUAAAUCAAGGAGAGAACGAAGAUGAGUCGAAGGAAAGGACAGAAUCGAGACAAAGGGGAUCGAUGACGAAUCAAAGGCAGAGACUUGGUCGAGAAGCGAGACAUCAGAGGUGACGGAUUGUGAUCGUCAAGUGAUCGGCCCCCUCGUCGUUGACGGGAGGCAGAGGGUCGACGAACCAACCAAUCGUGCCGGGCCUCUUGCACCUGAAUUCUAAUGAGGUCCACCUGGGUAUAUAUGAGAGCUUAACCUCGACCGAAGCCACGAUUUUUCUGGGGUGCCCGCUUGUCGUGAAGUUUUCAGGAUGACAACGGGAAAGAAUCUCCUGAUACUUCCAAUAUUGCUCGUGGCUCUUAUUUACGCGACAGUUUCAGCGAACCAGCCUGCUAGAAUAACGUGUUACUUCAGCAACUGGGCAAUAUAUCGGCCGGAUGUUGGCAGUUACGGAAUAGAGAACAUCCCAGAGAAUCUCUGCACCCAUGUCAUUUAUUCGUUCAUCGGUGUAAGCAAUGUUACCUGGGAGGUGCUUAUUUUAGAUCCAGAACUGGACGUGGACAAAGGCAAUUUCGUGGCCUUCAACAAACUCAAGUCUAAGAAUCCACACUUGAAGACCUCCGUAGCUGUUGGCGGUUGGGGAGAAGGUGGCAGGAAGUACAGUGCUCUGGUCAGUGUGAAAGAAAGGAGAGACACUUUCAUCAAGAGUGUAGUUGGAUUCAUGCACGAGUAUGGUUUUGACGGCUUCGAUCUUGAUUGGGAAUAUCCUGGUGCUUCGGACAGAGGUGGCAGAUAUACCGACAAGGACAAGUUCUUCUACUUUGUGGAGGAGUUGAGACGAGCCUUUGACAAGGAGAAUAAGGGAUGGGAGCUAACAAUAGCGGUACCGAUGGCGAAAUUCCGUCUGGAUGAAGGAUACCAUGUCCCAGAAUUGUGCAAAAAUAUGGACGCUAUCCAUGUAAUGGCUUACGACCUCAGAGGUAAUUGGGCUGGGUUUGCCGAUGUACACAGCCCACUUUAUCGUCGUCCGCACGAUCAAUGGGCAUACGAGAAAUUAAAUGUUCACGAUGGCCUUCUGCUUUGGGAAGAAAAAGGUUGUCCUGCGAAGAAACUGGUCGUCGGAAUUCCGUUGUACGGACGUACGUUCACCCUCAGUCAGACUAAUAAAAAUUAUGAGCCCGGCACUUACAUCAACAAAGAGGCUGGUGGCGGUGCGCCUGGAGAAUAUACUCAAGCUAAAGGAUUCCUAUCUUAUUACGAGAUUUGUACUAGGUUACAAGCGCCAGGCAGUAACUGGACUCAAAAAUUCGAUAACAUUGGCAAAGUUCCAUAUAUGUAUCAAGGAACACAAUGGGUCGGUUAUGAAAAUGUGGAAAGCGUAAAGUAUAAAAUCGAUUUCAUCAAAGAGUCUAAAUAUGCUGGUGCCAUGGUUUGGGCCAUCGAUAUGGAUGAUUUUUAUGGACUUUGCGGUGACCGCAAUCCCUUGAUGAAUGUCAUUUAUCAGGGAUUAAAAGAAUAUGUCGUACCAAAUAAAGAUUUCCACACUACCCCCACGCCUGAUUGGGCAAAACCACCAAGCACCACGUCGUCAGGUAGUGUUCAAACUACUCCAACUACUCCACCUCAAUCGCCUUCAACCAACAGACCUACGGAAAGACCUACAGAAAAACCUACUCAAAAACCAAUAAUAACUUCCUCAACUACAGAAGAAACAGAUAAAUCUGAACCUACUCAACCAUCAAUAGACGAUAAUGAAACAGAAAAAAUCGAUUGUGAAAAUGGCAAUACAUUUGUUCCUUCUAAAGAUUGCCAUUCGUAUUAUGAAUGUGUUCACGGAAAGCCAAUGAAAUUCAAGUGCCCCAACAAUUUAACUUGGAACACACAAAUCAAUGUUUGCGAUUGGCCGCAAAAUGCUGAUCGAGAAGAGUGUAAAUCCCCGUGAAAGUUCUGCAUUCCGAGCUUACACUCGUUAGAAAACAAAGGGACUGAAAAAUUUCAUCGCGAUUUCUAAAUAUGAACAAUUGAUCACUAUACCUCCUUUAAAAAUGUUGUAAUA